AUGUCACUUUCUCGUGCUGAGCUCGAGGUCGUUGCGGCCAUUCACGCCCGAGAGCCUAUCCCCCCUACGUCUCUCAACUCGGCUCUUAGCAGCAAACCCUUCGUUCCGACUCGUUCUCUGCUCAACAUUCGCGACCUUGGAGCCGUUCCCGGAAGUGCUAUCCGUCCUGGACUCAUCUUUCGCUCUGGCAUGCUCGAUGCUGCAGCUGGUGACCCAGAAGCCAUCUCUUGGCUCGCCUCCAACAUCAAGGCCGUCUUUGACCUCCGCAGCGAAGAGGAACGCGCGGCGUAUCCUAGCCCAAAGGUCCCCGGUAUCGAGUUCAUCUUCUUCGAGCGUGUCACUACCUAUCCUCAGCCCAUUCCCGCUGACUUCACUGCGGACGAUGGCAGGGCUGCUUGGAGAGUGCAGUUGAUGGCUGUUGUAGCAGCAUACAAGCCUACUAUCCGAGCAAUCCUCGCGCACACCCGAGACAACCCUAAUGAUCCCUUCCUAUUUCACUGCACUGCUGGCCGUGACCGCACAGGCGUCGUGGCGGGUCUUCUUCAAACCCUUGCGGGCACAAAGCAGAAGGACGUCAUUCUCGACUACAUGCUAUCACGUAUCGGGAUCGAACCAGCACGUGAGAAGCUGAUCCAUUUUGUCAAGGAGACCGUUGGCGUGGAUAACACUGAGGUGCCUGGCUUUUGGAACAUGGUCAGCCUGCGUCCUACCUUUUGGAAGGCCUUUGUUGAGGGAGUUGAUGCGGAGUACGGAGGAUUUAAUGGCUACGUAAAGAGUCUUGGAUUUUCGGCCAAGGAUCUGGAGACCAUCAAGAAGAAUCUUCGAGGGUAG